GAUCAGAGCUCAGACUAGUUUCAGUUAUGAGGAAGUGAAACUCACACAGUCACUGACACUGAGAGGAGAAAUGGCGCAGAAAGGAGUUCAGCUGGACCGAGAAACCUUCUCUUGUUCCAUCUGUUUGGAUCUACUGAAGGAUCCGGUGACUAUUCCCUGUGGACACAGUUACUGCAUGAACUGUAUUAAAAGAUUCUGGGAUGAAGAGGAGGAGAAGAAGAAACUCCACAGCUGCCCUCAGUGCAGGAAGACUUUCACACUGAGGCCUGUCCUGGAGAAAAGCACCAUGUUAGCAGUUUUAGUGGAGCAGCUGAAGAAGACUGGACUCCAAGCUGCUCCAGCUGAUCACGGCUAUGCUGGACCUGAAGAUGUGGCCUGUGAUGUCUGCACUGGGAGGAAGCUGAAAGCCAUCAAGUCCUGUUUGGUCUGUGUGAUUUCCUACUGUGAAAAACACAUUAAGCUUCAUUAUGAAUCUGCUGCCUUUGAAAAACACAAGCUGGUGGCCCCCUCCAAGAAGCUCCAGGAGAACAUCUGCUCUCGUCAUCAAGGCCAUGAAACAGUCCCAGCUGCAGCAGAAAGGACUGAGAAGCAGAAGGAGCUCGAGGUGAGACGACUAAACAUCCAGCAGAGAAUCCAGGACCGAGAGAAAGAUGUGAAGCUGCUUCAACAGGAGGUGGAGGCCAUCAAUGACUCUGCUGAUAAAGCAGUGGAGGACAGUGAGAAGAUGUUGACUGAGCUGAUCCGUCUGAUCCAGAAAAGAAGCUCUGAUGUGAAGCAGCAGGUCAGAUCCCAGCAGGAAACUGAAGUGAGUCGAGUCAAAGAGCUUCAGGAGAAGCUGGAGCAGGAGAUCGCUGAGCUGAAGAGGAAAGACGCCGAGCUGGAGCAGCUCUCACACACAGAGGAUCACAACCAGUUUCUACACAACUACCCCUCACUGUCAGCACUCAGUGAGUCUACACACACAUCCAGCAUCAAUAUUGGUCCUCUGAGGUACUUUGAGGAUGUGACAGCAGCUGUGUCAGAGACCAGAGAUAAACUACAGGACAUCCUGAGAGAGGAAUGGACAAACAUCUCACUGAGAGUCACUGAAGAGGAUGUUUUACUGUCACCAUCAGAGCCAAAGACCAGAGCUGAAUUCUUAAAAUAUUCACAUGAAAUCACACUGGAUCCAAACACAGCAAACAGAUAUCUGUUAUUAUCUGAGGGGAACAGAAAAGUAACAAGAAUGAAACAACAACAGUCUUAUUCUGAUCAUCCAGACAGAUUCAGUGGAUGGGGUCAGGUCCUGAGUAGAGAGAGUCUGACUGGACGUUGUUACUGGGAGGUGGAGUGGAGCGGGGAAGGAGUUUAUGUAGCAGUCGCAUACAAGGAUAUCAGCAGAGCAGGGAGAUUUGGAGUCAAUGACAAAUCUUGGUCAUUACUCUGUGAUGCAAACAGUUAUAAAUUUUUCUAUAACAAAGUCCAAACUCCCCUCUCAGGUCCUCGGUCCUCCAGAGUAGGAGUGUACCUGGAUCACAGAGCAGGUAUUCUGUCUUUCUACAGCGUCUCUGAAACCAUGACUCUCCUCCACAGAGUCCAGACCACAUUCACUCAGCUGCUCUAUGCUGGACUUUGGCUUUGGUCAGAUGGAGUCUCUGCAGAGUUGAUUAAGCUGAAAUAGUCAGAAGUCAUUGAGGGACAGUUGGUUAAAAUGUGUGUUUCAGUUUCUUUGGUCUCCAUCAUUGUUGUGCUGUUUCUUCUCUGCACAGAGAUCACCUGUCAGUCACUUUAUGGCUGCUACUUUGACAUCUUAUUGUUUGUUGUCCACUUAAUGAUUGAGUUUGUUUGAACACAGAAAUCUAAAAUUGUGUUUCCAUUUAUCUUAAAUGUUGUCAAAUCACAGGAACACUGUUUCUCUGUGUUUGGCACAAAGAUUCAAAUAUUUUGGGAAGAGGUCAGAGUGACGUGAGAAAUUUAUCUCAAAGAAAUUCUGCUGCACACAAAAGUGUUUCUAGUUUGUACAAAGAAGGAAAUAAUUACAAUCAAAGUGAGCAAACAAUAAUGAACCUCAGCUUUUUAAAUGACCAAAAGAUAACCGCAAUGUUUUUGAAAAUAUCCUCACAGAUCAAAUGUUACACACUGGAUAACAAAUGAUUUUGAUCCUUCCUCUAGAAAAAAAUAACACAACAACUGAAAGACCAACAAAUAAUAUUUGAAAAAGUUUGUGAAGCUUCUUUGUUAUUUUCUAAUAAAUAGAUUUUAUAGAGGGUCAGUCUGAAGAGUUGUAAUAUUCUGUGCAGGAUAAAAUUUGGCCCAGACAUGUUUUUAGGUUUCAGUUCAUGUCUUUGGUUCAAUCAGACUAUCAGUAAAAAAUUUUUCUUUUUUUAAAUAUUGAAAAAAUUUUACUGAAUGUAGUUGAAAAAGUAUGAAAUUGAAAUAAAUGAGGAAAAACACUAAAAAGUAAAGUGGUGUAAUGAUUGUACUGAGGUUCAGUCCAUCAGUGAUGUUCAGUGUAUUAGGCUACGUUCACACCGCAGCCUGAAGUGACCCAAAUACGAUUUUUUUCGCCCUCAUGCGACCUCUAUCCUAUCUUGUCAUGCCAGUCUGAACAACACAGAUCCGAUUUUUUUCAAAUGUGCCCUGUGUCUGUACGUCCAGGUCACAUUUAUCCGUCCUGCACGUCAUUGAUACUCGACAAACGUCACUAUUCUGCGUCCCAUUACGCGGACACAGGAAGGUAAAAUGUGUGACUUCCACAAACAUUGAGCACGCUCGCUACUUGUGACGUUAUCCCGUCCUGUACUGCGCAUGCAAGUGUAAACAUACAAUAGUUGAAAAUAAGGGCGUAGGAAGUAGUUUAGUAUUGGGGGGGGGACACAUAUCGCAAACCUGACAGGUCCGUAAAUACUAUGAGCA